UUCGAGACCCGGGAAAAGUUACGCCUGAACAUUGUGGCACAUUGUGGGAAAAAAACGAAGAAAAAAAGAUUACAACAGGCAAGUUUGAAAAGAAGAGAACUCCACUUAGAUAUUUGCCCCACAGGGUAUAAAGGCAUGCAUAUGUUGAGGUAAGUAGUGUGACACUUCGAGGCACCUUGGCAAGCAGUGAGAGAGGACCAAUCAAUCUCAACUCUUCCCCGCUCACCGAACGACUACCCCUGCAACAGGUUAGAAGAUAAUCAAAACAACAAUAAUUGACGAAGUUAACUGCAACAGUAAUGCCAUCCAACAAGUAUUCUUCAGCCAUCAUGGUUGAGAGUGACAAGAUGACGGCAACAGUAAGUCGUGCUGAGGUGAACGGGGACAUUCCUGCAGCCGAGGGACCAUCAGAGAACGACAGUGGCGCAGAGAUGACCAAUGAGAACAGCCCGCUGACCGCUGCUGAGCCGCCCUCCCCCUUCAGCCCCAAGCAGAACGGAGACGCUGCCUCACCUGCAGACUCAGAUGUUAACCAGUUGUCUGGGAGCAGGAAGAGAACCAGGAAGAGGUCCUCUGAGGAGGAAGAUUGCAGCUGGGACUCCUCCUAUAGUGAGCAGAAGGCCAAGGUAGCAGGAGUGGGGGGCUCGGAGUCUGGCUCGGGUCUGAGACAGAGACCCUCUCCCAGGACCAUCUUCCAGGCUGGUCUGCUGGCCCCUCACAGCAAACCACGCAGCCGUGAGCAGAGAAGGGGAGGACGCCAGAACAAGCUGGAGCACCACAGCAGUCCUCUGAGCCUGGCCUGCAGUGUUGGCCCCGGGCCCCUGGUGUCCGUGGUCCCUGAGAGCCCCGGGCCCCUGGAGCUCCUUGAGCAGGACUCUAAGGAUUCGGCCCAGAGCACCUCCUCCACCUCCCUGGCCUCCAACACCACAGAGCCUGCCUGCCAGCCAGAGUACAAGGACAACAAGGGUUUUGGCAUUGGGGAGCUGGUGUGGGGGAAGAUCAAGGGGUUCUCCUGGUGGCCAGGCAUCGUGGUCACCUGGCGCGCCACGGGCAAACGACAAGCCACUCAUGGCAUGAGGUGGCUGCAGUGGUUCGGUGAUGGCAAGUUCUCUGAGGUUUCAGCUGACAAGCUGGACUCCAUCACUGCUUUCCCCAAGUUCUUCAACCAAGCCUCCUACACCAAGCUGGCAUCCUACCGCAGGGCCAUCUUCCAGACACUGGAGAUGGCCAGUCUGCGUGCUGAGAAGCCAUUCCCUCCGUGUGAGUCAGAGGGGCCAGAGGACCAGGUCAAGCCCAUGCUGGACUGGGCCAACGGGGGCUUCCUGCCUAAGGGCCAGGAGGGCCUCAAACCCACAGAGAACCCUGACAGCAACCCGUUAAACCACAAAGUGUUGGACGUCAGUCUGCUAGAGUAUUUCCCCACAGCCAAGAGGCCCCGCAUCAGCCUUUGUAAGGCCAAGAGCAGCCCAGAGGAGGUCUACAGUAGAGAACAAAUGGUGCAUGAAGUUUUGAAGAAUAACAGAAGUAUAGAAGAGUUUUGCCUCUCAUGUGGGAAAACACGAGCGGCAACCUUCCACCCACUUUUUGAAGGAGGCCUUUGCCAAGCAUGCAAGGACGUGUAUCUUGAGAUCUCCUACAUGUAUGAUGACGAUGGCUACCAAUCGUACUGUACCGUGUGCUGCGGGGGCCGCGAGGUGUUACUGUGUGGGAACGCCAACUGCUGCAGGUGUUUCUGUGUAGAAUGCCUGGACAUUCUGGUGGGUGCGGGGGCGUCGAACAGUGCCCGUAACCUGGACCCAUGGCGCUGCUACAUGUGCCAGCCCCUGCAGCCCUACGGUGUGCUCAAACAACGCCACAAUUGGAGCAUGAAGCUGCAGGAGUUCUUUAUCAACGACAACGGACAGGAGUUUGUUUCUCAGGAAAGCCCAAAUAUCUACCGGGCUGUCCCUGCAGAACAGAGGCACCCCAUCCGCGUGCUCUCAUUGUUUGAUGGCAUCGCCACUGGCUACUUAGUGCUACGAGACCUAGGAUUCAAAGUGGACCAUUAUAUUGCAUCAGAGGUGUGUGAGGAUUCCAUAUCGGUGGGGGUCGUCCGACAUGAAGGAAGAAUCCAGUACGUGCACGACGUGCGCAACAUCACCAGAAAAAAUAUAGAAGAGUGGGGCCCAUUUGACCUGGUGAUAGGAGGAAGCCCCUGUAACGACCUAUCUAUCGUCAACCCCGCCAGGAAGGGACUGUACGAGGGCACAGGGAGGUUGUUCUUUGAGUUCUACCGCCUGCUGAGUGAGGCCAAGCCCAAGGAGGGCGAGGACCGCCCCUUCUUCUGGAUGUUUGAGAAUGUGGUCGCCAUGGGCGUCAACGACAAGAGGGACAUCUCUCGUUUCCUCGAGUGCAAUCCAGUGAUGAUCGAUGCCAUUGAGGUGUCUGCGGCUCACAGGGCUAGGUACUUCUGGGGCAACCUACCAGGGAUGAACAGGCCUCGGUGUGCAUCUGGGAUGGACAAGCUAGAGCUACAGGACUGUCUGGAACAUGGCCGUGUGGCUAAGUUUGGAAAGGUGCGCACCAUCACCACGCGCGCCAACUCCAUCAAGCAGGGCAAAGACCAGCACUUUCCCGUCAUGAUGAAUGGCAAAGAGGACAUUCUGUGGUGCACCGAGCUGGAGAGGAUCUUUGGCUUCCCGGUCCACUACACAGAUGUGUCCAACAUGGGCCGCGGUGCCAGGCAGAAGCUUCUGGGCAGGUCCUGGAGUGUACCUGUCAUCAGACAUCUGUUUGCCCCUCUGAAGGACUACUUUGCAUGUGAAUAGCGCCCUCCCUAACCAACCUCUCUGUAGUUCUAACUUGGCUUCAAUCAGAAGUGCCAAUGUCAAGUUAGACAAUCUUGUUAUCCCCUGGUAGGCAAAAGCCAAAGUGUUAUUUUAGGGUUUUAAGGUUUUAUACACUGCUUUUACUUUUUAACAAAUUACUUCCCCUCAUGUUGUCUUUGAGUGGAUUUGUUGUAAUCAUAAAGUCAGACAUAUUUUUAUGCCACACUGAUUUUCUAAAACUAGAGAAGGUUUUAUAAAACAAUUUAUAUAGAUCUCUUUAUCAAUGAGUAGACAUUUUUGUUUCAUUUUCAUGAUGUCAACAUUGGGAAAUGUAUGUGUUCUUCUCCCAAAUGCCAAUGUGAAGUAAUACUUGAAACAAUUCAAUACAAAAAUCUCCAAUCGAGCUGAGAGACCAUAAAGAACGCUCCGUUCUCAGCCAUCCAAAAAUACAUUUAAAAAAUGUACUGUGAAAUCAAUACAAAGACGUAAAGACAUCUCAUAUUGGACAUUUUGACAUUUGUCAUGUGCUACUGUUCUAAAGUAUCCAUAUUAUUGAACUGGAAGUUAGUUUUUGCUUUCACCAAAUAUAAGUGAGAGUUACCUCCUCAUCCAGGGCAUCUGAAAACCCAUCUUGGCUAUCUGUACAAAAAGUCACUGGAAUGUUUUAUAGAAAUGGUAUACUUCAUUUUUAUACUGUAUAUAUGAAAAUGUUUACAAGAUUUAAAAAAUAUUUGAUUGGACUUUGGGAGUUUCAUUGUCCUAAUGUCAUCUUAAAUUUAUAUUUUUAAAUCUGUAAAUUUCAGUGGUUGAUAAACCCCAGUAUGGUGCAUAGAUAUCCUCACCAUUGUUAAAAUGCUCUGGACUUCAGAUUGAAGUACAAUAUACACUUAUUUUGUCUACUCAUUUUGGCUACUUUUGUAGCCCUUUUUUGUUUUGGUAAAUGAAUGUGGAGAGUUUGCUGUGCAGUUUUAAAAUACUGGACAUUUGUUUUACUGAUUUUACAUAGCAUAUGUUCACAGUGGAGACCUGCCAGUUGUUUGUUUUUUACUGAGUACUACUCAGUACUACUCACUCGUUCAUGGUGCCUUUUAGCAGUCUGUUUAGUAAAACACUGACUAUAUGUCAUAACCAGCACUUGCUUUACUUCAAACGUUAUUUUUUACUAAGAUACCAAAAUAUAUAAGAUGUUUACAUGCUUACAUUUAUUACAUGUUUACAUUUAUUAAUAGCACUGUAUCCUUUUCAUUUUGAUAAAUGUCAUACUUAUGAUUUUGAAUAUUCAGAAUGUUUUUUCUAUUCUUUUUAUGACUACACCUUCAACAUUUUUUGUUUUAUAUACUCAGAUCUUCUGCUUACUUGCAACAAGAGCUGAAGUAGUAGCACAAUAUAUACAGUGCCUUCAGAAAGUAUUCAUACUCCUUGAUUUAUUCCACAUAUUGUUGUGUUACAGCCUGAAUUCUAAACGGAUUAAAUAUAUUUUUUUCCUUACCCAUCUACACAUAAUA